GAAACUGGGUUUUACGAAAGACAGAUGAAUUCAUUGUUGGAUUCCUUUUCUUCUAAAGUAAUAGAAUUUAGUGAAGCUGAACGUAAAAGGGAUAGUACAAUGAAGUUAUUUCUUCACCAAGAACAGAACCGAUUCAAUGAAUCAUUUGAAAAGAUUGUGGGAAACUUCCAAGUUCGCUUCAAUAACUCUUUGCAAGAAAUUGCUUUAAAACAGCAGAAAGUUGCUCUUACCGCCUGCCAUACAGGUUCUACUGUGCUGGGUGGAAAAGUAGUACAAUUUCCAAAUAUCAAAGCCAACAUUGGAAUAUCCGACUUAUCUGCUUAUAAAACAACCGGAAAAUUCAUUUGUACUAUUGCUGGAUUGUACCAUGUUUCGGCAGUUAUGAUGACACACACAAAUAAUCAGUAUUACUACAUUUAUAAAAACAAUGACGACAUGAUUGAUACAUAUUACGGUAAAGUUGACGGCUCCUACCAAACUAGAACCAGAGUUUUUGUGACGAUGUUGGAUGUAGGUGAUGAAAUAACAGUGAGGACUGCUGGUUCUCAGUAUAUAUAUCAACAUUCCUGUUUCACAAUUGUUAAAUUGAACUAAAAAGAAUUAAACUUAAGGUGUGCAUAAGUGUUGGAGAUUAUAACACGCUUACUGCAGGCUCAAAGACAACAUACUGUUUUUUUUUCAAAAA